CUUAGUGCUACAGACAAAUAAAACGUGAGGACUAGAUGACAAGAAGUGAAAAUCAACCCCUAUCAAUACAAUAAUCAAUAUUAGAGGAUAUCUUACAUCUGACAUAGUCAGUGUGAAUUUUGUGUAACUUGGUUUCCUUGUUUUUUUGCUGCUCAGAAUAUAUCCGGUUCAGUCGCUCCGUUGUGAGAUCCCUCUGCGCCUCUUCUUUCUGCCUCAACAGGUCUUUCAGCACAGCAAAACGAGCCUCCUGUAACCUGGAACACAAGAAAUAAAACGGCAGGAAUAGUCAAACCCUGUGCUUCCUCUCCUUGCCGUUCUCCUAUGUUUCCUGUAAAAAAGGUCAGGGAUGCGGGUGAGCCAGAGGAAUGGAGAUUUUGUCAGGACCUUCAAAGAGUCAACUCUGCGGUUCAACCCCGUGCACCAUCAGUUCCGAACCCUUGCACGGAUACAUGAAGACAGCCAGUUCUGGUUUGCUUUUGAGUUCCUAGGUCAAACCUGGACCUUCAGUCGUUUGUGCCAGGGGUUCUGCACGAGCCCCACCAUUUUCAACGCCGCCAUGAGGGAAAGUUUGUCUGGCUUGGUCCUUCCUCCUGAUACCACUCUAUGUCAGUACAUGGAUGACCUUUUGAUUGCUUCUAAAACACGUGAGGAGUGUGAGGAGGCCACUAUUGCACUGUUGAAACAUCUAGCUGAACAGGGUCACAAAGCUAGUCUGAAAAAGCUGCAAUUUGUGCAGCAAACAGUUACAUUUCUGGGUCAUGUGAUCUCCGCAGGUAGCCGUGCCAUCUCUUCGAAGCGUGUGUCUGCUAUCCAGAACAUUCCUCGACCUCGCACUAAAAAACAGCUCAUGUCUUUUCUGGGGACAACUUCCUAUUGCAGGAAUUUCAUUCCUAAUUAUUCUAUCAUGGAAGCACCGUUGUCAGCACUCAGUCAUGGUAAGGGACUGAGACCAGGUGAUGCCAUCUCCUGGAAUGAGGAUGCAGAACGUGCAUUUGUUGAUCUGAAGCUGGCACUACAAACUGCCCCCACUCUGGGCCUGCCAGAUCCUGAGAAACCAUUCGUUCAGGCAGUGGAUGAGAGAAAUGGCUCGAUGACUUCAGUCCUGCUCCAGACUCACGGAGGAACUAGUGGAAAUCCUUCUGUGACCUCCAACACAACUUCUCCUAAGGUUUAUGUUUACAGAGAGACAGAUUUCACUGUUGGAAGUAAUGUUGACCUGACAUGUAGCAAUAAGACAUGGAGUGAUUUGAUAUUUGUUAUCUGGGAUAUAAAACUGAAACACAGAGCUGAGACCUGCAGGAUCUCAGGUAGCAAUCUUGGUAAGAGCGGAGACACCUGCAAUGAUGGCAAGACUCUCCAAAACACUUCCAGUGUUCAGCCAUACCUGCACAUCCCAAACUUUUCAGCUGAUGAUGUGGGGAUCUAUACGUGUGAGUCGGUCUACAGAGGAGGAAAUGAAAAUUAUGUCAUCACAGUGACUGCCACAGUUCCUCCUAAAAUAUCUGCUUGGUUAGAGUUUAAGCACAACAAGACGGUAGCAGUAUGCAGCGCUGAAGGAGGAAAUCCUGCUGCCAACAUCAGCUGGACACACACAGGAAACACAACAGUUUUGACAGUGAAACAUGAGACAGAGGGAUAUUUUACAGUAGACAGUACUCUGGAGCUCCCUGACACCAAGAUUCCUGAAAACCUGACCUGUGUUAUCAGUCACAAGUCCUGGGAAGAAGAUCGGACUCUGGUACCAAAGUUUAAAGAAGGACUCCCUUUUUGGCAAGCUGUGGUUUGUGUAAUCGUUGUAUUAUUGGUGGGAAUUUCAAUUUUUGCACUAAAGAAACUAAAAAUAUUCGGAAAAUGUCAACAGACAGAUACAGAACCAUCCAAACCCCCACCGAUAGAGGAUGUGGGGGAAGUGGAGCCCUAUGCUUGCUAUAUUCAACGUGUAAACUCAAUAUAUAACUAGUCUGCAGACAUACGCAUGAAAGUUCUGCACAUGCAUCACAUUUACAUACUUAGAUGCAUGCACUGGGACUUUGUGGAAAACAGAAGAGUGCGAAACUGAGAAUUGGUGAAGUAGUAAAAGAUAAGAGAGGAGUGAGAUCAAAGGCAUCCAUUAAGAGAGGGAAGCCUUUCAGUUGAAACUCGUCCUACCAGACUGCAUAGACUGAUGGAACAGGGGAUGUACCCAGUGGCUUCUUUUCACAGCAAAUCCUGCCCACUGCUCUCUGUGAGUGGGUCUAAUGGAGAACAUUAACAAUUACUACAAGCUUUGAGCCACCAAACUGGAAAGAAUGGCAUUGUAUGCCAGAUGUAGGAUGGGAUUAAUACAGAACUACAGACUUUUGUUUAUGUUGAUGAAAUACCUAAUUGCACUUAUUUAUAAAUCCACCAGGAAGACAUCUUCAUCUUUUAAUGUAUUCUCACUGGAGUCAGCCCAGUAAGACCAGAGAACUUGUGCAAUGUAGAAAUACAGUUACCUGAAAAUAAUGUAGAUAAUAUUAUUCAUAGCUUUAUAUUUCAGUGUAUAAUUAUGUAAUUAUGUGUAUUAAAAUACAUUCUAACAACUAAUCGUUUGUUGCUCUAAUCAGGUUCUGUAGAAACGGCACUAAUAACAACAAAUACUGACUGAACAUUUGCAGGAUGUGUAAGGGUAAAGUGGUGGCAGAUGUUUUUCAUUAUGGUUUAUUGAUAUUUAAAAAGAUUAAGUGUUGAGAUGACCUUUAUAUUUUAUAUUCUUUGUAGAAAAACAGCAAAUAAAGAACUGACUCCUGUUUUAAAUCUACCUUUGGUCACAUUUUUGAUAAACAUCGACAAAAUGGACCUUCAAAUUGAAAGGUGGGUUUAUGAAUUUGGCCUACUCACACUCAUAUAAUGACUAUAAGUCUAUUUAAAAGAAAACUAAACUUAGGAGGGUGGGGGAAAAAUGGACUGUUCUGCCCUCUACUGGUAGGUGUCAGAGCAUAACCAACUUUUCUGUUGCAACAUAAAACUGGCAAGAGACAAAAAAUACUGUUUCUCUUUGCAAAAUACCCCCCCCCCCCCCCCCCCCCCCCCCACACACACACACACACACAUAAAGUAUACUCACUUUUUCAAUUUUUCUUGCCAGAACUUCUUUCUUUCUUCGUUUCUUUUAAGCUGAAAAGAGUUUGCUUGGUUUUAUCUCAGAUUGCUGCUCAUGCAUGAUAUUUGUUCAUGUUUUUAUUUGCAUGUGGGCUGGUAGCAUGUAGCCAAUUUAAGCAAGAGAAGUGUUUGCAGUAAAAACAAACAAGAACAAAGUGAACCAAAUUGCUUACAAGUGUGAAUCUGAGUUGCACGUCCUGUUCUUACUUUUGUGUCGCUCUUAUUAGUUAAUAGCUGA